GAAAAAAAGAUGGCAGCAGGGCAUACCAAAAAGAACCUGACAAUGAUAGAGGUGGUGGAGGAACUCAAGAAUGUACUCGACAUUGGAUUUCCCAUAUUGGUUAUGGGUAUAUUAACGUACCUAAAAAACAUGAUUUCAGUAGCGUGCAUGGGAAGGCUAGGGAGCUUGGAGCUAGCAGGAGGUGCCUUAGCCAUCGGUUUCACAAACAUCACAGGCUACUCUGUGCUUUUCGGCCUAGCCAUGGGAAUGGAACCACUGUGCAGCCAAGCUUUCGGUUCCAAGAACUUCACCAUGGUGUCUCUCACUCUACAAAGAACGAUCGUUUUGCUGCUCUUCGCAUCGAUACCAAUCGCAAUGCUCUGGAUUUAUCUUGGCCCCAUCUUGUUAUUGCUCCACCAAGAACCCGAAGUAGUGCACAUCGCAAGUCUUUACUGCCGAUUUGCAAUCCCCGAUCUUAUGACCCACAGCCUACUUCAUCCUCUACGUAUCUACAUACGUAGCAAAGGGACAAUAUGGCCAAUGCUCUGGUGCACCCUUGUGGCAACAGUUCUACAUUUUCCCAUCACCGUUUUCUUUACUUUCCACCAACAUCUCGGAAUCCAAGGAAUCGCAAUUUCCACAUUUAUUGCCAACCUUAACAUCUUGCUCCUUCUUUUAGGCUAUUUAUACUAUGUUCACGAGGAAAAGAUACAUCUGUUCAAACUCUUAGUUCUGCCUUCAAACACGAGAACUUCACUUUACGAGGAAUGGAGAACCCUGCUUCAACUAGCAAUUCCGAGCUGCCUUGGUGUUUGUUUGGAAUGGUGGUGGUACGAGUUCAUGACACUUCUAGCCGGUUACCUCUAU